AGAAGGUGGGAGAGAGAGAGAGAGAGAGAGAGAGAGAGAGAGAGAGAGAGAGAGAGAGAGAAUAUUGUGGUCGUGUGAAAGGACAUAUUAAGAAGGUGGUAUAAAACGGAGGCGAACUUUUUCAGGAUGAAGAUCCCUGUGCAUAUGUCGAAGGCCGAGCUGGAUGCAUGUCCAGAGUUCGUGGAUCUCCUAGAGCAGCUGGAGACCUACUGCCUGCCAGAUGACCAUUCUUUCGUCCUGCAACAUACAGCAGAGGACAUGGAAGAUGCAAGGCUGCAAAUGAGGAAGGAGAGGUUGAACUACCUCGAAGCGGAGGCUGUGUACGAAGAGGUUGUUGCUGUUCUAGAGUCUUACCAGGCUGUUCUGGUCCUUCUGGAGACAAAUGCUCCCGCGUCGCCGCAUCUUGACUCAAGAGCAGCUCUCGCACAGGCUGGCCUUACAUGCGAUCCAGAGGUGUAUGAAGCCCUGGAAAGGCGAUUGGUGUCGAUGGAAGCAGCACAGAGAUUGCGUCUACCGUUGAUUACCCUGGAUUCUGACGAUCCGGACAAGGAGGCAAAUUUCGAGCUACUGAGAGAGGAUGGGAGCGCACCUCCCCCCCCCCCCCCCCCUGCUGACGAGUUUCACGUGUGGGGCUCUGCCACGCAUAUGCUCGGUGUGCAGCCACAUCAACUGCUGCUGCAAGGGUGUCAUCAGCCGCCGCCGAAUGAAGUGCAAGGGUCAUAUCAACGGGAGGGAGCACUCUGUGUGGAGGACAGGUCGCCCUUUAUUUUGGAGAUUGAAGCAAGGUUAACAGAGAAAUGCGACAGACUUGCAGCAGCGCUUGACGCCGGCGCAUUGGACGCCUCCGCCGCAUCAACAGCAGGGAGACCAUUGCCAGAGAGGGUGUCGGAGGCGGUGACAGAGCUGACCCGGGAGCGGCAGACGUUGCUUCAGGACUUCUGUUCAGCAGAGGGCAAGCUGUGCGAGUUCUAUAGCGUUCUGGAGCGGAUACUCGGAGAGCUGCUGAAGAUCACGCAGUCCCACAGGCUCGGUCAUCAACAUGAAUAUGACAAGAUGAAGACAGAGUGGCUGUGCCGUCGCGUCUCCACGAUGCAGUCCAAGUUGAGGCGUCUUGAAGCUAUGGUCUUGAAGGAUACCUAUACCCCAAUGGCAGUGGGUGCGCUUGAGGUCAUUCGUGGGCACUUGCAGCAGGCAAUGGAGGAAGACAGCGCAGUUUACAGCAGAGCGAAGACGCGUCUAAGGGAGUUUGAGGGUAUCGAUCCUCACUUUGACGAGAUUGCGACCAGAUACGGACACCUAACAGCUAGGCUGAAGCAGAGCGAAUGGACGCUGAAUGAGGUCCAGAAAGACCUUGUGGUGCACGAAGACUGGCAAUUAUAGUUUUUUGAAUGUGUGUGUGUGGAGAGAGAGAGAGAGAGAGAGAGAGAGAGAGAGGGACAUCAGGGGCGUGGUCGCACUAGAAAAG